AUGUCACCAUUGUUAAAAGAAUAUUUGCAUAAGAAAGUAGUAGUUGUGACCACGGAUGGUCAUAGUAUAACUGGGGUGUUAGAAGGCUAUGAUAAGAGCAUCAAUAUUCUAUUAUCAAAUGUUCAAAGUAAUUAUAAUCCAUCAAAAUUGGUCAAUAAUAGUAGUGAUGGUGGUACUAGUGACAGAAGCAAUAAUAUAAUUUCAAUACAAGUAUGUCGAGGUAGUGAAAUAGUAUUUUGUGGGAUUUUAUCAGAAGAAGGUGGGGAAGAAAAAAUCGAGAAGGAGGCAGGAACAGAUACUUUAAAGAAUAUAACACAGUGGGAUAUACUUAAAACUACUAAAAAUAUAAUAAAAGACGAACAUCUUACAUGGAGACAGGUUUGGCUACAAAGACAGCAAAAGAAAAACAGUAAUACAACAGAGACUACUUAA